AGCCUGGUCUUUAUAUAAAAGUAAACCAAAAGAGAAGACUGGUUUAUUAAAUAAAUUAGAUAAUGUUAAAUAUAACAAAUCUAAUGAUAUUGGCAUUGGUUCAUCUCGUUCUAAUAAUAAAACAUUAACUACAUCAUCAAAAGGCGCUUCAUCAUCUGGACUUAAUAAUGAAUUAUCUAUCACAUCUAGGAAAGGUAACAUAGAUUCAUCUCAAACUAACAAACCAUUGGUUGGAGAUGCUCUAGAGUUCCCAAUUAUAAUUGAUUGUGAUGAUGAAAAACAUUUUAAAGAUGGCGAUAGAGAAUUUCCGAUCUUGAAAGCCUUACCAAGUGAUUCUGAAGAUGAUGUAGAACCAUCUAAUAAAAAAUUUAAAAGUGUGAAAGUUGAAGAUGAUUCCUUGGGUGAUUUUAUUCCUAUUGAACCCCUCACAGUAUCAGAUCUUAAUGAACCAGAACGUGUUUUUAUUCGUAGUGACUUUACCUCAAAUUCCAUUUAUGAACUGGACGGAAGAAAUUUGCAUGAAGUAAAGAAUUUGCAGGAAAUAAGAAAUUUUCUGGUAUCGACGGUGCAAGUAAAAAUGAAAAAGUUGAGGAAUAGUACUAAGAAGAUUAUUAGUAGUAAAAAACAAUCAGAAAUAGACCAGUUCAUUAAAUUAAAUAGAUAUGUUAAAGAUAUUAAAGGUUUGAGGACCGACCUGCCACCAAUCCCUCCGAUAGCCGAUCCGUUAUUCUCGCAGAUGUCGACUGGUUAUCAUUCUUUCAACUACCAAUGGGAGGCAUUAGAGUACUUAGGUGAUAGGGUUUUAACAUCCUGCCUUUUAAAAUUCGCAAAAAGUCGGUACGGAUCAAAAUAUUGUUCAAAAGAAAUCAAAAAAGGUGUCUCAGUAAUGGCCACUAACAAGAUUUUGGCGGCAUAUACCGUGACACUUGGUCUCCAUAAUCUUAAUCGUAUGGAAUUGCCGGUAAUAGUAAAGCUUCAUGCCGAUGCCUUUGAAGCUUACUUUGGAGCAUAUUAUCUAGCAUGCGGGGAAUUGGCAACUUGUGGUUAUCUCGAGAGCCUAAUGACCCCGCUGUUUGAUCUUAUCGUUCCUCACAUCGCAUCUGGUCAUGCUAUUUCAUCUACAUGCGAUAUAGCAUCAAAGUACUUUUCAAUGCCAUGGAUGGUCGAUAGUGAUCGUCUUAAAUGA